AUGGAUGGAAAGACGGACGUGGAGGUUCAUAGAAUCCACAUUCGCAAGGUUUUUACACUAAUGCGAGAGCAUAAGUUAUUCGCGAACCUCAAGAAGUGCAUAUACGCAUUGAAUGAAAUACCACUUCUUGGCUGCAUCGUGGGUAAAACAGGUGUACGCCCUGAUCCGGAAAAGAUCAAGACGAUUGGCGACUGGCCUGUGCCAUUCGACGUCAAGGGACUUCAAAAGUUCCUUGACUUGGAGGCGUACUUGCACAAGUACUCGCGCAACUACGCCGAGAUGACCAAAGUCUUGAUAAAAUCGCCUGUGUUGGCAAUUGCAGAUCAAGAAAGACCAUUCCACGUGGUCUGUGAUGCCAGCGAUUUUGCAAUCGGCUGCGCGUUAGCGCAGUACGAUGCAGACGGCGCAGAGCGCGUCGCCUUCCUACCAGUCGCGUCAGCUGCAAGCAGCUGCACGUAA